AUGUCUAUACCACAAGCGGUAACCCCGAGCUACACUCGGGCUUACCAUGCGGCGCUGCUCUGGGGGUCCCUGCAGCACUUACCUUGUCCUUCGCUCCCGCGAUGUGUCCCCUGCAGCUUCCCCGGCCAUCUCCUCCGGCCGAUGCCGGCAUCCGACUUCUGUGUUCUGGUCCCCGUGACGUCGGGACGUACGGGCGCCGCCGCCGGCGGGAAAUUUAAAAAAUUUAAAAAAUGUCAUUUUUUUUUUUUCAAUUUUAAAUAUGCUUUGUCCUGUGCCCUGCCUGCAUUUUGUCUGUUCUUUCUG